AGUUAGAUUGGGGUGGAGCGGAUUGCACCUACAGAGUAUUCUAUCGUCCAAAUACUACAAACGAAGCCUGGAGGAAUAAAACUUCAUUGGGCAGAUGUGAUCUGAAUUUUAUUCUAGUACAAGGAGUGUUAACAAAUCAAGUCUACGAGGUUAAGAUUCGAACCGAGAACAGAGAGGGGCCUGGGCCGAUGAGUCCUUCCAUUUUUGGUCGGUCCGGACAGUUCCCCCCCCUUGAACCACCAGCCGAUAUAACUGUGGUUCGUGUUAACGCGAAAUCUGUAAAUAUUAGUUGGACUCCAUACAAACCCACACCUCCUCGGUCAGUGGACGGUCACUACAUCUACCUCUGGCAGGGUGUUCGCACAAAUAAAGUGGAUUUGCUUACAGACCAUGAUUUUUCUGGGGAAAUCGUGGAGAUUCCAGACCAUGCCAUAACAGUGAAAGUCGUGGGAGGAAAUGUCGUCACUGGGGUAGUGACGGGGCUCACUCCAUGGACCAUCUACACCGUACUGGUGCGAGGUUAUAACAAUGCAGGACUCGGUCCAACUAGUUUCCAGGACGUUUUUGUAAGAACUUUGGAUGCAAAGGAUUCCUAUUACAUUUUGACGCUGAGAAUUACAAGUGAAAACUUCUCAGAGGACCUCAAAGAUCGAAUUUCCAAUCGAUUUAAGGCUUUGAAAGAAAAUGUGACGACAGAGAUUACAAAACUUUAUUCUAAAAGUCCAUGGUUUAAGAGCGCUACCGUGCUGUCUUUCAGCCCUGGAAGCGUUCAGGCAGAAAUUCAGAUGCAAACAGCGAGUCCCAAUAUUAGUUUUAUUGAACAAGUGGUAUCCCAAGCUGAUAAUCUUGGAAACUUCUCGUUGGAUAGAAACAGUACAAAAUUACAAAACCAAGCAGGAAUACAAAAUGUAACGAUUCAAGCUUCUCAUUUGACGGUGAACGUGACUGGCAGAUUUGUCAUCAACUGCACCGUGAUUGGCGGUCCUCCCGACCUUCUGAUCACGUGGUCUAAAGGAGGAAAUAUCGUCGGUUUGAGUCACCGCACAAAAGUCGAGACCAACGGGGGUUAUUCCCGCCUCACUGUUAGAAGUGUAGUGGCUUCUGACGAGGGGGUCUACGUCUGCCAAGCAGGUAAAGGAAGUCAGAUUGGUACAGCAAGCGUGGCAAUUCAGGUUAUUCCUGUGCUUAGAAUAUCACCGCGAAUAGUUACCAGGCGCGUUGGUGGUGAAGCAUCGUUUUCCUGUAGUGUGGUCAGAGGCGUCAGGCAAGGAGCAAGCGUAUUCAUGGUUGAAGUGACAACAGAAGAAUCAGAAUUCCUCAAUAAUCCAACGAACUACACAGCAACAAAUUUGGAAAUCCCUGACCGAGGGGAGAUCUAUACAAGAAAAUUUGUCUGUGUGAUGCGGUCACAGGAAGGAUCUCUGAUGGCUACGAGUGAAGUGGCUAGUCUUAUUAUCAUAAAACCAGAAGUUUUACAGUGUCGUGAAGAGCUGCUUGCAGGAGUGCUGUGGGCAGCCACAGCCGCAGGACAUAUCGACGUCAAGCCUUGUCCACCGGGAGCCAAGGGCAAAGUUUCUCGUUUUUGUGGUGUGAGCGGAAAGUGGGAAAACGCAAACUUCGUAGACUGCAGUUCUCGUGAAUUUCUGCGACUGGGUAAUGAGGUCGAAGCUGUUACGGAAGGUUUCCAGACAAAUUUUACCGCAAAACAAAUCCUCUCAGAGCUGGUAAAUGCUACUCAGUCAAACGCAAACAACACGCAGAGAUCUCCAGAGAUCUUUGGCGGAGACUUGGUCAUCGCUGUGAAUGUACUCGUCAAAGUGGCCGAUUAUAAUGCUGAACAAGGCAAUGUGAGUGAAGAAAAGGCUGUCAAGAGCUUCGUUCAGGUGGCGAGUAACUUGUUAGAACCGAUCAAUCGUGUAACUUGGCAGGAACUCGAGAAUUUGGGUGACAGCCGGAGUAGAAUCUUAGUGAAAGCAGUUGAUGAUUACGGUCUGGGUGUAGCAGCCACAUUCACUGGAUCCAACAAGUCCAUAGUUGUUCAGGCUACAAACCUGUUGGUCAGGAUCGACCGAGUACAAGAAGACAACCCGUUAAGAUCCGAAGGCUUGAAGGUGGCUUACAACAAAAGCUCCAUUCAUCUACCAGCCGAGGCAUUCAGUUCAUCCCCAGACUCCCGCGCCAUUACUUCAGUACUACUCACUUUGAACGAUGUGUUACCUCUGGACAAAGAAACUGAGGACAAGAAACAAGCGGUCACCGCUAAUACCACCAUUGUAUCAUCCACUGUCUAUCCCAGGCCUCAAAACGUAUUCAAGCGGCCGGUCAAGAUUGUUCUUGAGAACAAAGGGAUAAAUGUUCUCUCAGGAGUCGAUCCUAAAAGGGAGUGUGUUUUUUGGCGGCCCGGCGGAGGAGGCGUAUGGCAGACCAGUGGUUGUAGACUUGUCGCUGAAGAGUCCAAUAUUAACAUUACAACAUGUGAAUGUAAUCAUUUGACCGUCUUCGCUUCACUCAUGGAUCCUCAUGAUGCACCUAUCAAUGAAGCUCAUAAGAAAGCACUGAAAAUCGUUGCAAUCGUUGGUUGUUCCAUUUCUUUACUUGCUGUCGUUGUUACUAUGGUCGUUACUGUGAUUUUCUGGAGAGCAGUGAAAAGCCCGAGAGCGAAAGUUCUCUUGAACCUGUGCGCGGCUAUCGCCAUUUGUUGCAUACUUGUGAUAGGAGAGGGUUCAGCGAGAAAUAACGAGACGGGCUGCACCAUCAUGGCCGCUUUACUACACUAUUUCCUGUUGACCUUGUUUUGCUGGAUGUUGUGUGAAGGAGUGUUACUUUAUAUUCUGCUUGUCAAAGUCUUCGGAGGUGGAGCUGAUGACAAAGUCAAGUAUUUUUACUUGCUUGGAUGGGGUUUUCCUGCCGUUAUAGUUGCUAUAUCGCUGGGUGCUACUCAAGCUGUUGGGUACGGUUCGUCAAAGGCUUGCUGGCUAGAUGUCGAAAGUGGACUCGUUUGGGCGUUUAUUGGGCCAGCAGUACUUGUUAUCCUGGUAAAUAUCGUGGUGUUCAUUUUGGUGAUUCGUCAAAUGAUGGGCACACAACACAUUCAAAACAAGACGCAAAUUGAGAAGGUCAAAGCUGGCGUCAAAGCCUCCGCGGUCGUUCUUCCCUUGCUUGGAGUCACGUGGUUGUUCGGCCUUCUUAGCAUCAACACUUCUACAAUUGGUUUCCAAUAUGUAUUUGUCAUUUUUAAUUCUCUCCAGGGACUGAUGAUCUUUAUAUUUCACUGCUUGUUAAACAAACAGAUACAGGAUGCCAUCAAACGAAUACGAGACAAAAGCAGCUCAGGCGCGUCAACGACUCCGAAAACUAAACCUUCUCCUGCCCAAAAUCCAAAAAACGCCAUAAAUAUUACUUCGAAAGCUAAAAAGAAGUGGUCAAACAAGGCACAGAAGGAUUAUGAAAUGGUUGAACAUCUCAGGAGCCAGUCAGAUUCAACAUUACCCAGCAAAAACGCGAUCAAUGACACGAGAAUUAGCGAUGAGCCUGAAAACCCAGAGAUGCUUUUACAAGAGAAGCUGCCACUUUACGAAAAUAAAGAAGGCUCUCCUCUUAUCACCUGUGCUCAAGAGAAAAUCACACAGAAGGAUUCUGUUGUGGAAACCGCUGAACAAAAUACAUAUCCGGACUCCUUAGUAACAAACGAUACGCGAAAAGGAUCCUCGAUGGUACCCAGCAAUGAUGACAUUUUGCGCUCUAAAGACGGGAUCACAAAUCACAUAUAUGAGAAACCACCCGAGGAUUAUGUUCUUCUUUUGGAUAAAACUCCUCAAAGAGAUCAAGCAUAUCUUAAUUUUGAAGAGGAACCUAGUAAAGAACAUGGUGAUAAGAUCUCAAACGAUGGGGUCCCGAGUCGCAUAUACGAAAACUCACUCAGUGAAAAUUCUCCUUCUGAUGAAAUAGACUCUGUGAUAACUCAGGAAGAAGAUGCUUUUGUUUUGGAGGAUGAACCUUCUAUUCAAGGAGCCACGCCUUCAGAAUCGAACGACAAACUAGCUGGCGCAAUAACGGUAAAGCAAGUCGAACUCAGAGAAGUUCCCGAAGAUGUAAAGAGUGAUGAAGACUUUGACAUCAAAAUGGCUGAAAUACGAGUCAAAGUCGAUACCGUCCAAAAUGCAGCUGAUGCAUUUAGGUCACAUUCUCGGAAGUCUUCCACUGAAACUCGAGUGAGUAAUCUGUCAUCAAAUCUCGUUCAAUUUGUUUGAUGUCCUUUUGAAGUACUCUAGA